AUGCAAGGAAAUUAAUCAUUUUAAAAAGACUAUUAAGAAGAAAACAAAUUAAUAAAGUAAAAACUUUUAGAAUAUUGGAUUAAAGUUUAAAAAGCUUUUGAUGAAGAUUAUGAAGAGAUUUUAUAUUUGAGUUAAGAAUCUGAUCCAAAUGAUAUCAUAAAUGCAUUAUUCAUAAUUGAAGAUGCACGUUAAGAAUAAUUUAAGGUGUAAUAUUGUUAAAAUAGACAUAGUUAGAUAAGUAAUAAUAUGAGGUUUUGAAAAAAGAAUUAUAAUAAUAAAUAGAGAAAGUAGUUGAAUUAGAAAAAUAAAAUUAAAACUUAUCUUAAUGUAAGAAUAAUUAAGAUUUUCAAUAGAUAAUAAGAUAAUUAGAAAUAAAGAUUAAUGAACUAUCUCUUGCUUUAGUUUAAUGUAAAGAAGAUAAAAUAAUAUUCAUGGAACAAGCAUAAAAAGAAAUAUAAUAUUUAAAAGAGUAAGAAUUAGAAUUAAGGAGUAAAAUUUAAAUCCUUUAAUAUGAACAAUCAAAAUAGUCUUCAUUUUUAGAAACUGAUGAUAAAAGAUUAUCAAGAGACUUUGUAAAUGAUGACAUUCUAAGUAAAUCUAUUUCUCCAUAAAUAUAAAAAGUAAAGCUGGAUUUUUCUAAGUUAUUUUAAGGUUAAAAUUUAAAAAAAUUAACAAAAGUAGAGUAAGUAUAAGGAAUUACUCAAAAAGCAUUUAAAUUUGGUAAUAAAUGA